ACUAAUAUGACUUCUUUCUCCUCAGAUAUGAAACUAAUCAUGAAGAAAAAGAUUAUCAGCACACAACACUCCUUCGUAAAUAAGUCCAAUGUGAUUGUACCAGAUAUUGAGAAAGAAAUAAGAAGGAUGGAAAAUGGAGCCUGCAGCUCCUUUUCUGAAGAUGACGCCAGUGCCUGUACAUCUGAUGAAUCAGAGAAUGAUGCAAGGAGUUCUUUCAGAAAUCCCUUACGCAGAAAGGGAGAACCAUCUCAGAGGGAGCAGUACCUGCCUGGUGCCAUUGCACUUUUCAAUGUUAACAACAGCAGCAAUAAGGAUCAAGAACCAAAAGAGAAAAAGAAAAAGAAAAAAGAAAAGAAAAGCAAGUCAGAUGAUAAAAAGGACCCAGAGAAGAAAAAGAAGAAGGAGCAGGAAAAAGAGAAGAAAAAGAAAGAAGAGAAAAGCACUGAAAAGGAAGAAGAGCAAAAGAAAGAAGUCAUGGUUAUUGAUCCCUCAGGAAACACCUAUUACAACUGGCUGUUUUGCAUCACCAUACCUGUCAUGUACAACUGGACUAUGAUUAUUGCAAGAGCGUGUUUUGAAGAACUUCAAUCUGAUUACCUAGAAUAUUGGGUUGCUUGCGAUUACUUAUCAGAUUUUGUCUAUCUUCUCGAUAUGUUCGUACGAACAAGGACAGGUUACCUAGAACAAGGACUGCUGGUGAAGGAAGAACGUAAACUCAUAGAUAAAUAUAAAGAAAACCUACAAUUUAAACUGGAUGUUCUGUCUGUAAUACCAACUGAUUUGAUGUAUUUUAAGUUGGGGUGGAACUAUCCAGAAAUUAGAUUAAAUAGGCUGUUAAGGAUCUCGCGUAUGUUUGAGUUCUUCCAGAGAACAGAAACAAGGACAAAUUAUCCAAACAUCUUCAGGAUAUCUAACCUUGUUAUGUAUAUUGUCAUCAUUAUCCACUGGAACGCAUGUGUGUAUUACUCUAUUUCCAAAGCUAUUGGAUUUGGAAAUGACACAUGGGUCUACCCUGAUGUUAAUGAUCCUGAGUUUGGUCGUUUGGCUAGAAAAUAUGUAUACAGCCUUUACUGGUCUACACUGACUUUGACUACCAUUGGAGAAACACCACCUCCUGUGCUGGACUCUGAGUAUGUCUUUGUGGUGGUUGAUUUCUUAAUUGGAGUGUUAAUUUUUGCUACCAUCGUUGGUAACAUAGGUUCCAUGAUUUCCAACAUGAAUGCAGCCAGAGCAGAAUUUCAAGCAAGAAUUGAUGCUAUCAAGCAAUAUAUGAACUUUCGAAAUGUAAGCAAAGAUAUGGAAAAGAGGGUUAUUAAAUGGUUUGACUAUCUGUGGACCAACAAAAAAACUGUGGAUGAGAGAGAAGUGUUGAAGUAUCUACCUGAUAAACUAAGAGCGGAAAUUGCCAUCAACGUUCACUUAGACACAUUAAAAAAGGUGCGAAUUUUUGCUGAUUGUGAAGCUGGCCUGUUGGUGGAGUUGGUCUUGAAAUUACAGCCCCAAGUCUACAGUCCUGGAGAUUACAUUUGCAAGAAGGGGGACAUUGGACGGGAGAUGUACAUCAUCAAGGAGGGCAAACUCGCUGUGGUGGCAGAUGACGGGGUCACCCAGUUCGUGGUGUUGAGUGACGGCAGCUACUUUGGUGAGAUCAGCAUUCUUAACAUCAAAGGCAGCAAAGCUGGCAAUCGAAGAACGGCCAAUAUUAAAAGUAUUGGCUACUCAGACCUGUUCUGUCUCUCUAAAGAUGACCUCAUGGAAGCUCUGACCGAGUACCCCGAUGCCAAAGCGAUGCUGGAAGAGAAAGGGAAGCAAAUCUUAAUGAAAGAUGGUCUACUGGAUAUAAACAUUGCCAACGCUGGCAGUGACCCUAAAGAUCUCGAAGAGAAGGUCACUCGAAUGGAGGGGUCAGUGGACCUCCUGCAAACAAGGUUUGCCCGAAUCCUGGCCGAGUAUGAGUCAAUGCAGGGGAAACUGAAACAAAGGUUGACCAAGGUUGAGAGAUUCCUGAAACCACUUAUUGACACGGAAUUUUCAGCUAUCGAAGGACCUGAAGAAGAAAGUGGGCCCAUAGACUCUACUACAUAGGAAUGAAAAGCGGGUCAUUAACAAGGACAUGUCUCAUGAUCCUUCUGAUGACACGACUGAAGGCAACUGAACUUGGAAGAAGAGGAAGACUCAUCUGGGAAAUUUUCCCAGAAGGAAAAUGUGCUUUGGCUCAGGGUACAAGGUCCACACACUCUUCAUGAGGUACUAUGAUUAAAGAAUCACUGUGUCUUGGGAUUUUUCACAAUGGCUGACCUGCAAAGGUAGACACCGAUUAACUUGUCAGUAUGUGUAUCUUAUGAAUUUUUCACAUAAGCUCGUUUUUGUGUAAUCGUGUUCAUUAACAGUGAACAAGUAUCCUUGUUUUCAGAGCAUUUGCAGUGUUGAGGAGUAAAAUGUAUUCAGAGUAACCGAGGAUUACCAUGUGCAUCAUGCUGGGAGCAUCAUUUUAAAAAGUUAGAGAGCA